GGGAAUUAGUAUAGCAUGGUACUAAACAGUAGUAACAAAAUGUACUUAAAACACACUCUCAUACGGCUGCGAUAACGCCGGCCCUCUUACAGAAAAGAGGAGCGCAGCAGCAAAGCAGCAGCGACCGCCACCAACACCCUCUCCUCCUCCUCUUCAUCGUCUCCUCCCUCUCUCUCUCUCCUUCUCUCCCGUCCGUCGCGCAACGCUCUCUGCAACCACUCCUCACCCUCCACCGCAGCGAGCGAGAAGAGAGAGAGAGAGAGAGAGAGGAUGAAGAGAGAGAAGACCAUCCUCCUCUCCUCCUGCUCCUCUUCCUCCUCCUACCGUGAGCGCAGCGCUGCCGCCGCCGCCACGACACCUGACGGCCAUAGCAGCUGCCUCCACUCCCAGAGCAUCGGGUGCAUGUCCGGCCUCUUCCAACUCCUCUCCCGCUAUCAGCACCGCCGCAAAUCCCUCACUUACGGUAAAAGGCAGCAGAAGAACACUCUAGUCUCUCCUCCCACCAAGGACGCAACCGCGGAUCUAGUGCCCGCCCUACUGCGAGGAGGAGCCGAUGGGAGCCGAAACGACGGCUCUCCCGCCGCUGCCGAUAAGAGGAUCUCGUGCGAGGUGCCGAGGAGCCCCACGCUGCCGGCGGAGAUCCGGCGCUCGCGCCCGCCGGUGGGGCUCGCCGCUCCCCAGCAGACGCCGCCGCCACCGACGCGGCCGACGGUGGUGGCGCGCCUGAUGGGGCUCACCUCCGGCGAUGCGCCGGAGUCCGCCGCGGAGAAGAGGCGGGAGCUGCUGGGGGCGCUGGACAAGUGCGACCGGGACCUGAAGGCGCUGAAGAGGAUCAUCGACGUGGUGCGCUCGGCCGAGCAGCUCCGGCACGAGCAAGGAGCCGCGAAACCGAACGCGAGCUUCGACGGCCGGCUGCAAGAGCUGGCGAAGGAGGAGGAGGGAGGCGGGGAGGCCGAGGGUGACGGCGAUUCCGGCGACAACGAGAACAGCAACAGCGGCGGGGAGGAGCAGCAGCAGGAGCCGCCGGAGCAGGCGGCGGAGCAGCCGAGUCCGGUGUCCGUACUGGACGAGUUCACUCGGUCGACACUGAUCAGCGGCUACACGAAGCGACAUUCUUCCGCUGCUCAUCAAACGCGCCCCAACAAUUUCUUGGCGUGCCACGCAGAACGGCUAGUGCCACCGCCCCAGAGGAAGAAGCCCGGAGAAGACUUAAGCUGCAGCAUAUGCCUCCUGGACAGGAUCGCCUACGAGCCCUCGCCGGUCCGGGCGAGGAGCGGCGAGGGCCCGUCCCCGUCGCCAUCGCCGCCCCCGUCGUGGGUCAGCGAGGCCAUGAGGCAGAGCGUGGAGCAGGUGUGCAGGGACAUCGCCUGGGGCCAGAGGAGGGAGGUGGGAAGGAUAGGCAUGGCCCUGCACGACCACAUCUGCAGGGACUUGAUAGAGGAGACUGUUCGGGAAAUGGGGUCGUCUUGGUGCAUCGUGACCUCCUCCCCACUCCCUUUCGAUGCUUGUAAACGAAGACUCCGUUUUUAGUGCGUUGUUGUGACAAAUCUUCUUUCC